AUGGCAGUGACAUGCAUGGCUCUCAGUUUUUCUUCACACUUGCUGACAACUUGGACUAUCUGGAUGGGAAACACACAGUGUUUGGGGAAGUUGCGGAAGGCUUUGAUAUUCUUGAAAAACUCAAUCAACACAUACUGUGAUGAGGGUAACAGACCAUUUCAGGAUAUAAGAAUCUAUCAUACUGUCAUCCUCGAUGAUCCAUAUGAAGACCCAGGUGGCCUGAUAAUUCCUUCAGUAUCUCCUCUUCCCACAGAGGAAAUGUUGAAUAGUGACCAUAUUGCAUGUGAUGCUGACAUUGAUGAGGACAAGGACAAAACAGAGGAAGAGCUUGCAGAGAUGAUGGCAGAAAAAGAAGCCAAAGCCAACACACAGAUUUUGGAAAUGGUGGGUGAUCUUCCUAAUGCUGAUGUUGCACCUCCAGAAAAUGUACUAUUUGUUUGCAAGCUCAACCCUGUAACAACAGCAGAAGAUCUAGAAGUAAUUUUUUCACGGUUUGGUCCAGUCGUCAACUGUGACGUUAUUAAGGAUUCCAAAACAGGUGAAUCCCUGCAGUAUGCUUUCAUUGAGUUUGAAAAUCCUCAACAUUGUGAGAAUGCAUAUUUCAAAAUGGACAAUGUUCUUAUUGAUGAUAGACGCAUCCAUGUGGAUUUCAGUCAGUCCGUGUCUAAACUCAAAUGGAAAGGAAAAGGAAAAGGAGUAGAAAUCAUAUCUACUGGUGAUGCACCUGUUUACGUGUUAAAAAACCAGCACAGAUCAAAUAAUCAGUAUGAUCUGGUAUAUGAGCAUGAUGAUGUCAGAGCAGACUUCAAGAAGAGAACAGAUCUUGCAGGUGGUGCCAAAAGUCAACAAAAACGGAAGACUUCGCCAAGUCCAGUCCAUAGAAGUAUCAAUGAACACAAAUCCAGAGGUCAUAAAAGUAAAAGGUCCAGGUCAUUUGAUACAGAACAAGACGGGACAAGCAAAGACACAGAUGAGCUGGAGUUUCAGUCACAGAAAUCUCACAGUCGUAUAGAAAGGCAUAAUUUCAAGAAAGAGACAAGGCAGACAGAACAUUUUGAGAGGACUGAAUUCAAUGAGAAAAGUAAUGCGAGAAAGAGAAGUAAAGAGAGGAGAUUGGAUAAGAAAAGAUCUGCAUCCCAGUGGAACAAUAACAGUGAAGGAAGAGAGACAAAGUAUCAUAAGCAUACUCAUUAUCCUGGCACAGAUAGUGACAACACUCAAGCUGACAAACCUAAGGAUAAGAAAAAGAAGAAAAAGCACAAUAAACAUAAAAAACAUAGGUACAGUUCAGAUUAA